GUCGAAUAGGAAGAAAGCCCCCGCCUGUCAACUUGACCAACGGAGCAGCAUGUCGUCGCCCGUCCCGCGCCCGCGCAAGCCGUCGACGACCAAGCGGAAGCCGCCGGUCGACCCGACGGCCGCCGGAAAGAAGCGCCGCUACAAGCCCGGCGUCCGGUCGCUGCUGGAGAUCCGCAGGUACCAGCGCUCGACGGAGCUGCUGCUGCGGCGCCUGCCCUUUGCCCGGCUCGUGCGCGAGAUCCAGCUCAACUACGCGACCGUGCAGUUCCGGUGGCAGGCCGAGGCGCUGCUUGCGCUGCAGGAGGCCGCCGAGGCCCACCUCGUCCGCGUCUUUGAAGAUGCGAACCUCUGUGCCAUCCAUGCCAAGCGCGUAACCAUCAUGGUCAAAGACAUCCAGCUCGCGCGCCGCAUCCGCGGCCGGAACCAUGAAUAAUGCAUUAUCAUCGUCGUCUCAAGGCC